UAAUUUAAACGCGGACGUAAUACGUGGUUUAGUCUGCUUAUCUGUUAGGUCGCGACUUUUUGGAUUUAAAUUAAAAAUCGAAUCUAUAUAAUAUUCUUUCACUAUUUUAAUUAGUAUUUUUCUUAUUGAUUUUUUCCUAAAUGAUGCUCAAAAGAACCACAUGUGCAAUUCAAAUUUUCGAAACAGAACGAUAUGCAUUACUAGGUUCGGCCAUCUUGACAUAAUUACAUCAUCACCGACCAGCGAGAAUGCAAUUUCCUGGUCAUCUCACCUACAAGAUAGUCCUGUUGGGUGACCAGUGCGUCGGCAAGUCGUCUCUCCUGAACCGCUUCAUUAAAGGAAGUUACUGUCCGCACUAUAUUCAAACACAUGGGGCUGAAUUCUUUUUGAAAGAUAUGGAGGUAGAAUCUAACCCGGUGAGACUGGUCUUAUAUGACUCAAUGGGUCAGUCCAACAUGAAGACCAUAGUCCGCAGUAUUUACCGCGAUGCCAUGGGGGUCAUGCUCGUGUUCGACUUCAAUCGAGCAGACACCCUGCAGCGAGUGAAAGAGUGGUUACAGCUCAUUGAACAGAAUUGCGAUAUAGAGCCCGAAAAGAUACUGGUUGGUAACAAGAUGGAUCUUGACGAGGGCAUGAAGAAACUAACGAAUAAAGAAGUAACGGAGGUAGCGAAAUCUCUUGAGCUCGAUUUCAUCGAGGUCAGUGCUAAAACUGGUUAUAAUGUUGAGGAGGCGUUUGUAACGCUGGUGAAUAACAUAUUCAUCAACAGAAAACGGCUCCGCCGCGACAACAUGAUCACCAGUAUCCGGUUGACAGACAAACCAGUCCGAAACAGAAAUCUGCAUAAACCGGACUGCUGCGACUGACCGGAAGUGAUCGACGAUAUACAUGAUGCACACUAACCUACACAUAUGCAUAAGGCAUAUUAACAUAUAAAAUGUAUAAGGCAUAUUGUAAUAUGAAAUUGUAUAAGGCAUACUAUCAUACCAAAAUGUAAACGGCAAAGCAAGUAAUUGCCCGGUCGUAUAUGCAUACGUUUGAGAAACCUAUGUCGGCGUGACGGCAUUAUAAGAUUUAGUGUAUAAACGUUUCUUGUCCAUUUUGUGAAUACUGUUUAAUAUAUGUAUACAUCGAUUUUUCUUGAUUUCAUUCCAUAAUACAUUAAAGUGGAGUAUUAUAAACGUAUUAAAAACUUUCUUAGUUCUCAAUUCUAUCGAGUGGUGAUCUUUUUAAAAAUAUAACUUUUCCUUGAUCUAUGGGCGACAACUGCCUUAGUCAUACAUCGCAAAUUGCUAAGAGUUACAAGCCAUAUACAUAUUACACGUUCACAAUUAGUGGUAAUGACGGUACUUUACUUUCAAAACAAUUGUGGUACCUGAUGUACACUUCUGUUCGUUUCAUUACUGAUUUUUUUUGGUGACUUUUAUGUCCCCACUUGAAAAGGUAUUUUAAUGGCCCCGGAUCGAAUGAUCGGGGGUAUAUUGUUUUUUGCCUGUCUGUCUGUCAUUGUAUGUGUGUGUCCCACAACUUUAACCUUGGUCAUAACGUUUGCAGUAUUGAAGAUAGCAAUUUAAUAUGCAUGUGUGUCUCAUAGAGCUGCACAUUUUGAGUGGUGAAAGGUCAAUGUCAUUCUUCAAAGUCAAAGUUCAUUUUUUUUCUAAAAUAUCUGCCGUGCGGCUUGAAAGCGCAGUAGGGGGCACUGUGUUUCACAAACACAGCUCUUGUUAUAUAUAGUUACAUUGUAUGAUCAUGUACGCAGAUGUUUGCAACGUUUGUGCUGUUAACAACUUUGUAUUUAUUUUUCGGAGUUAACAACUAAAGAUGCAAUAUUUUUACUUCAGUCAUUAGUUCAGAACUAUAUGUUUGAAAAUAAAUGUCCGUAUGUUA